AUGACCUCUCAGUCCGCCCGACGAGCCUCGGCCCCGGGCGUAAAAUCUCGCAACGGCUCCUCCUCCUGCCCUGUCGGCCGAGCUCCGCAGCAGCAGCAGCAGCAGCAGCAGCAGAUCGGUCCCAAGUGGAAGGACGUGGUCUCACGCUGCAUCAAGGGCCACUACCAGCCGCUGCUACUGCUGUACGCCGACCCGCGGGGGACGCCGGUGUCGGUCCAGGACCUGCCCUCGCGCUUCGACCUCCACCACCUCAACAAGGCUUGUUACGACAGCGAAGAUUCGGGCCGCGAGCAGUCCAUCUCCAGCGACACUCGCACCGAUUCGUCGACGGAGAGCUACUCAUACCGACAGCCCUCCCACUCGCACCAUGAGUCCCUGGCCAGUCACUACUCCUCUGACUCCCAGGGAACCGUCAUCUGCACCGAGCGCCCAGACGGACCGCUGCACGCCUCGCUCUGCAGCCUGGAUACCAUAGGCCACGUGACGGACAGUGAGCAGCACCAGUCUCUGAGGAAGGGAGGCGGGGCCGGGGAUAGGAGGCGGAGCUCUAGCCGGCACCGGCGAUCUAAACCUGACCACGAAGCCUCGUCGGCCGGUUACCACAGCGAGGGAGAGACCUUAAAGGAGCAGCAGGUUCCUCGUCACCUCCCCAAACCUUCCUCCUCCUUCUCAUCCUCAUCAACCAGUCGCCUCCGAGACUUCAAGGAGACCAUGAGCAACAUCAUCCACAGCCGACCCCUCUCCUCCUCUUCCUCCUCCUCUUUACCAGCUGCCGUCCUCUCUGAAAUCACCUCCUCCACCAUCAACCACCACCUCCCCGCCAGCACCGCCGCUUCCUGCUCCUCCUCCAGUAAGCUCCAUGACUGGGAGGCCGACAGCACCAGCAGCGAGUCCAAGUCCAGUUGCUCAGGGGGAGCAGGGUCGGGGAGGUACCGGCCGGCAUGGAGGCCACGAAGGGAGGUGCUCAACAUCGACAGCAUCUUCAGCCGCGAGAGGCGAAGGCAGGCGGGAUACAGCCCGCUCGGCGCCUCCCUGCAAGACGACUGCAGAGCUCCGGCCUCCGAAGGAGCAGACGCCUCCUUCCCAGCCCAGGAGGAGGUCAAGUCUGUCAGACCUGGCUCCUCCUGGACUCUCCCCACUACCUCCAACAGCCACAGGGCGGGUGGAGAUGGACCAGGGGUUGGAAGGGGAAGUACAGGAGGUGUUAGAGGAGGGGCAGACCUGCCUCCUCCACCUCCUCCUCCUCCCAGGCUGAUCCAGAGGAUGGAGAGCGGAUACGAGAGCAGCGACAGGAACAGCAGCAGCCCGGUCAGCCUGGACCUGAACCUGGGAGACAGGGAGUGUGCUGUGAAAAAGCCUUCAUCCUCCUCUUCGUCAGGACCGUCAUGGAGGAACAUCCGGUCGAAGAGCAGUGGAGCUCUGCUGCAGGACCUCAGCUCAUCCGGCAGGGGGAGCCUCGCGCCCCCUGCAGGCCGAAGCGAGCUGGACGAGCUGCAGGAGGAGGUGCAGAGGAGAGCGAGGGAGGAAGAGCAGCAGCGACAGCAGGAGAAGGAGAGGGAGGCGGCGCUCGGCUUCAACCCGCGCCCCAGCAAGUACCUGGACCUGGACCAGCUGCAGAUCCAGGGUAAAGGCGACAGCUUUGAGCGGUGCGUGUCGGAGGCGGAGCUUCUGCUGGACCAGUCGGUGCGUCUGGAGCAGGCGGGCGAGGUCGCCGCUGCGCUGUCGGCGGUCAACGAAGCAGUCUCCAAACUGCAGCUGGUGGCGGCUGAGGGCGGAGCUAGUAGUCACAGCCGGCUGCAGCGCUGCAUGAGGAGAGCCCGCAGCCUGCAGCAACGCAUGCAACUGCAGCAGCAGCAGCAGCAGCAGCAGGACUCAGAGGCAGGCAGACAGCCGCCGCAGCAACAACAGGAGGAGGGGCAGCAGCUCCGGGAACAGCCCAGUGAAAAGCCUCUCUCGCUCCAAAUACUUCUGACAGAGAGACAGGGCGACCAAUCAGCUGCCUGUAAGGACCAGCAGGUCCCGCCUCUCUCUCCCUGCCUUGUUAAGCCCCUCCCUCCCAAAAUGAAUUCAGUGUCUGACCCCGCCUCCAGUGCCGGGGCCCUUAUAGCUUCACCGAGGCAGGACAGCAGGUCUGCCGACCCCUGCUCUCACAUCAGGAAACCCCUAACCAACACCAGGUCCCUCCCUGCUCUGUGCGUGGACACCUGGGAGCAGAGCCCACUAGGCGUCUUGGCCCCACCCCCUCCACCUGAGGAGCCGGACCAUCCCCCCCAGUGGGCCAGAACGCCUCCUGUCUCCAUCUCAGCACAGGCUCCACCCAAGCCAUACCCCCGAACCCCGUCGCCUGUUGGCACCUGCGACAGGCGUCCUCUGAUGGAGGAGGAGCCAUAUUACACAAGACACCCACAGGCCACGCCCCCUGCGUCUAACCCCGUCUCCAGACCAUCCCCGCCCCAUUCCACCUACCCAGCCAGGAACUGGUCCUGCUUACACCUGGACCGACCUGAUGUUGUUGAUUCUCCCGUAGACCUGCCAGUCAGCUCGCACCUUUACUCCCCAGACCCCCCUUCCAACACCCUCCCGCCUCCUGCAAGCCGGCCCGGUCUGCCCUCCUCGCCGCCCCCCAGCCAGGACUUCAGAUCCGCCCUGCCUGUGGAGUGCUGGGCAGAAAACGUCAACCGAUACUACGACUCCCAGAACGCAACAGAAGGCGACGGAGCGGCGGCGCCCGACGAGGAGCUGUCGGAGCUGGACUCUCUGUACCAGGCCAGUCUGCUGGCUCCCAGCGUGCACCGGGGCAGCCGUGGAGUCAGUCCUCAGCCAGUCAGCAACAAGCCAGGUGUGAGGAGAAUGCUGUCAGGAUCUGGACGGUCCAAAACGCCGACGGCUGAGAUUGAGCGAUUCGCCUACAGAACACCGGUUGCACCUGUUCAUAAGCAGCCGUCAGGUGAAGACGAGAGCUACAGCGCAGAAAACCUGCGACGCAUCGCCCGCAGCCUGAGUGGAACAGUCAUCGGGUCUCGACCCCAAAACCUCGGCCCCUCCCACAGCUGCGACCCCUCUGUGUCCAGGCCCCCCCUCAGACACGCCGACCUUCACUCCUCCUCCUCCCUCCUCCGUCGCCCCAGCACCUCCUCCCUGCACCUCCCUUCCUCCUCCUCCACCUCCCUCAUUACAGAUCACUCCCACCACCACCAACCCCGACACCACGGCCCCUCAGCUCCUGCACCUCCUCCGCCGCACCCCCCCUCGCAGACAUCACGGCCCCCGAGCUCGGGCCUCUCUUCCUGGGGACACUCAGGUGUCCAGCAGCAGUUUCUGGUUGUGUCUGACCGGCGUCCGGCUGUCUCAGGUCAAAGCCUCCACAGCGUCGCGCUGAGUUACGGCACUCUGCCCCGGGCUCCUCGCCGAGCCCCGCCUCCCUCCAACACCGCCUCCCUCCCCAGGCCCAGAGUCUCCUCCGGUCCGGCCCCCCUGCCGGCUCCACAGAAUCUGUACGCCACCCUGUCUCACCCUCGCCGCUCAGCCAACACCGCCUCUAACGGUCACUACCGGCAACCAUCGCUGCCCGGCAACGCUCCGCAGCACCUCGGCCCCCCGCAGCCGCUCCGCCUGGACAUGCCCCCUGAGAGCGACUGGCGCCGUGACACGGACUACGGGACCGUCCGACCCAGCUCCUCCUGGGACCCCCGCACCGCACGCCUCCGCCAGCCCCCCCCGGCCCGGCCCCGCAGGGACCCCCAGCUCUGCUCGCUCUGCCAGCAGCUUCCCGCGGAGCCGUCCCGUCCCUACUGCCUGUCCUGUGGCGCCUACGUGGCUCGGUUCCGCCCGGCCAGCUGAUCAGACCCCCCCCCCCCCUUUUAUUUUAAAGCUUUUCUUCUGUUCCACAAGUCUCGUAUCCGUCGCCACGAGCUCCACGGCGAGGAUCCAGACAGACGGAACGUGACGUCUCUGUAUUUAAAAUGUGCCAACACGUUAGUGGAUAAAACUCUCUGAUUGGCUCCGAUCAUCAGGCGGGAGACACGACAAGCCGCAGCCACACAGACGCACCUGCACUGAUGCAGGAGGUGAUUCUGACCCGGGGCGGGACGGCGACCUGCUAACCUGCUGUCUGUUCAGAAUACUGAGACCGGUAAUCAAUAAAUUAGUCGGGAGCUCUUAUUACUCACUUUAUCCACCGGGUGUCAGAUCAACAUAAACAACAUGUUUAUUUAAGGCUCAGUAUUUAACUCGGCUGAUCUUCCAGGUUCAGUUUCUUACGUGAUGAUGAACGGAGUGCGUUUGGGUUUUGGACUGUCGGUCGCCUCUCGUGUUUGAGGACGUCGUGAUCCUCAUUUUCUGACAUUCUUCAAACCAAACGAUUAAUUUGAUAAUUCAUGAAAAGAGUCUGCGGUCUCGAUGUGCGUCUUACCGGGUCAGCGCCGACAGAAGACGCUCAAACCGCUUCCUCAAAGAUAAAACGAUCAGCUCUACUUUUUUUUUCAGUUCGUUUUGUCCUCGUUGCGUUCAAACCUCUGGCUGCAGCUGAGCAUUUUUCACAACCAUCAAACAGAAAUUGUGUUUUUCGACUUUUCACGGAAUACUUCCUGCUCUUAUACUUAAAUUAUUUGGUCAUGAACUAAAGUUAAUAGUUCAUAAUUUAGCGAGUCUAAAAUCUACACACAACACCCUGUUUCUAUUUUAAAUGUGCCAGCUUUUAUUUUGAAAGCAUGUUUCAGUGUUUUUAUAAUGAAGUUGCUUCGUGAUCAUUUCUAAAGAUGCACAGACUCAAACAGCUGCUGGACUAGCCGAUCUUUCAAUUCAGUUUUGCAGGUACUGCUUGUAGACCGGAACACUUUUUGUUUUACAAAGCAAGGAAGAAAUGUUCAAGUCAAGCUCGACGUUUCCGUGCACAUUAAAGAAUGACUCCCAGUGAGGGAAUACAGCUUAUUCAUUUGACCGAAGAAUCGGAUCAGGGCUCGCCCUCGCUCUGCGAUCAAAGCCCCGGAUCGGUGCGUCACUCACAAAGUGCUGAACGUUUCAUUAGGGGUCAAACAGUGAUUUCAUCUGACCAACAGUCUAAACACAAACACAAAUCCACUGCUUCACAUCAGUGAAGCUGGAAGCAAGAGAACUUUUGCGCGGUUUAUCUGUAAAAAAACACAAACAAAACAAGAACGAUCGACGCAGAUGAUCGACGAGUCUCUUCAGCCUUCGGAGGGUUGAAUCUGACAGCAGGUGGGAAAAGGAGAAUAGGCGGCCGGGAGCAGAGUGUUAGUGAACAGACGGCAGCUGCGCAAACCUCAACAGGAAAUGAAGGACAGCGGAGACACGACAGGAAGGAGAAGAGGAGCUUUUGAAGGAGUUGGUCUCUCGUUUGAAUAUAAAUCUACUCUACUUAUUACUCUAUUUAUUUUUGUAGGCUUGUCAGACUGAGUUGUGCGUAGAUGAAUCUAUUCUACCUGCCUAACAGGAAUAUACUCUCUCCUAUAGACCUGAUCUAAUUUUCUAAAGGCAGUUAGCCGCCUUGUUUGGGAUGUGGAGCCUUCUUAUAUUGUACACGAGGCUGAUUUCUGUCUUCUCAGAGCGCAUUUAGAUUAUUAACAAAGCUUUUAUUUUGACAGAGUUGCAGCUAAUAUUUAGCAUGACGUAUCAUAGCCUUGAGAGAUUCGCUCGACGUCGGUGUACUUCUAUCGUAAUCAUGAUAUAUAUGCAGAUCUGUUUUAGUGCAGCGACUCGACUGCAUGUAACUCUACUUUAGUGCACUUCAGAAGUGUUGACGAUAGAUUUCUUUCAUGUGCUCGUUGCCGGUUUCCUUUUGACAUCUCUCCCGUUGUUCAGGGAGACGCUUCUUUACACGUAGGAGCUCGUUUUUGUACUUUAGAUGAUGAAGGAAUGUGACUUCUGCAGAGUUGAUCUUUCCUAUACUGCCAAGAACCCGGGGCUGACCCCGCCCGCCUGGUACUCCAGGUGAGCUAAAGCAAACAAACCCAAGUCUGGUCUGAAGUCUGAGUCCUUUCACCUGCCGUCGCUCUGCAGAUUACACUUAAAGCUCGGAGGAGCUGAACAGGAUUCGAUCAUUUCGUCGCUCCAAACCAAAAUUCAACCUCUCACCUGGCGGGAAGUCUUCUUUUCAAAAUAAAUUUAAUUUAGACCAGACCUGAGUUCACAGUGAUGAUGAUGAUUCAAGUGAAGAGAAGUUAUUUUUUCACCAUGUCGAACUUGUGUUUUUGACUUUUUGCUUCGCCAGAUUUAAUUUUGUUUUUUUUGUUUUUGGGUAUAUUUUUGAUGCUUAUUUUUCUACACUGUAGACUUAACAGAGAUGAUACGAUGAUUAAAAUGUUUAAAGGUU